AGGCUGCAGCUGAAGGCGCCAGCUCGGUGGGCUGAGGUGUAGAUGUCUUUCCCACUGCAGGCAGAGUCUGGGUGGAUGAUCUGGAGGAAUGCGAGGACCUGAAGAGAGAAAACAAGUUCCUGUCAAACGAGAUCCACAUGGAGCGGAUCAUGAUGCGCACGGAGAACGAGCUGACGAUGAGGAACCUCCGCAACAUGAACCAGGAGCUGCAGGUGCAAGUGAAGGAGCUGAAGCAGAAGUUGCAUCACAGCCAGCAGAGGGCGACAUUUUGCUCCCGAGCGGCAGAGGAGGCGCAGGAGUCCCGGGGCGAGGCUGAGAGGAGCAGGGCCUCCGCUGAGGCUCGGGCCCUCGGUUGUCAGCGCGACAAGGAGACGGCUGAGGCGGACCAGAGGCGGCUGAGCGAAGAGCUGCAGCUGCUCAAGAAGCAGCUCGCCGAUCUGCAGCUCACACUGGCGCAAACGGAGAAGAGCUACUUUGAGGCCAAGUUGAAGCUGGAGCGGCUUUCUGGGGAGAAACAGAGUCUGCUGCAGGAGAACAAGAGGCUGGGGGCAGAGAGGGAUGAGCUGCGACUCAAGCUGAGGCAAAUCACACAGGAGAACGUCCAGAUUAAAGAAAGUGAGAUGACUUUGAGACGUAAAGCGACGGCGGCGGAGGAGGAGAAGCAAAGAGCCAACCAGGCUCAGCGAGAGGCCGAGGAUGAGAGGCGUCAGGCCAACAAAGAGAGGCAGGAGAAAACGGCGGAGUGCCUCAGCUGGAGGGAGAAGCACCACGAGUUAGCUAACAUCCUCCAAGCUCACGAGGAUCUGAAAGCUCAGAGGCGGAGCAAAGCUUGUCAGGCCAACAUCAAGAGCUACUUCCUGUGUAUGACUGAGAGCAAUCAGCGGGUAAAAAUCCUGAAAAAUCCAGAUGGAACGCCAAGGAAUUUCACAGAAGGAGAUCCUGUAUAUAUCAGCACACCGGACGACAGAUCUGAAGAGCCUGAGAGAAGUUCAUCCAGGACCAUGCUGAGGGUCUCAGCCCCACACAUGGGGAGGGACCCGGGCCCCAGUCACUUCGACGAACUGCCCGCCUUCGAUGGGGAGCGCCCUGGCUCGGCUCCCUCACGGCGGGGCAGGAAGGUGGUGGAGUACUUCUGGAUCCCUACAGACCAGGAAUGAAGAACGGCUCUAUUCCAGGAAACCAUCCGUGUUUCAGCCCAACAUGUUAGCUAAGUUAGUAAAUAGUCCAUUAAUAUACAUUUUUUAUUUUUGAAGCUUUUGAACAUUCUAAAUUAAAGUAAAAUGAUAGUAGUAUAAGAAAUAAUAAGUAGGUAGAGGUAUAAACUUACUAAAGCCCAUCACUUCUCCAGCAGCAUCACUAUUAUGAUCUCUUCACAUUCACAAGUACUGUAGCAAUAUAUGUUCAUUCUACGUUCAGGUUUCAGAUUAAUGCACAUUCAAUCAUGUGCUUACAACAUUCCAGUAGUUAAGCAUAUUAAUAGUAGCUAAUAGUAUUAAUAUUGAUGCUAAUUUAAUUCUAUAAUAUGUCAAGACAUUUACUUGUAUUUAGUGUAAAUCAUUUCCUCAUACAAAAGUAUAAUGUACCCAUUAAAUAAGCUUCUUGGAUAUAAAAAGCUUAUUUUUGUUAAUUCCAGUUUUACUUUCAAAAUGUAUUUCAUUAUUUUAUAAUGGUUUGUGAUAUUUUUUUUGUACAAUUGAGAACUCCCCCACUUAUUUGAAGACAAUAUGAAAAAGACCUUAAAAUAAAAAGUAAAAAUAAAAAGAUAAAAAGUCCCUGAAAUGCAUAAAGUAGCUUUACAAAAUAAAGAUUGAAAUAACCUUCCCAUUGUAUUUGUUUGGAGUAUUUAAUAUUCUAUAAACAGUAAUUUGGGUGAAACAGCUCUCUGUAUCUUACUUCUCUUCAAACCUGUAAAGAGAAGCAGUAAAAAACAAUGACAACUACUGGUGCUCAUGUACUGGACUUUAUUGACAUUAAAGCAACAGAGGUGCACAAUAAUUAUGAAUACCUUACAAUAAGAUUCAUAUUCAUUACCCUACACAUACACAUGGCUUAUCAGCAUAAUCUGGGUACGUUUUUUUUUUUUUAACUGUUUAGUUGUUACAUGUUUUCCACCCACCAAAAGAGACACGUUUACGCUGAGAUUUCAAAUAAGCCACUUCCAUCCCCUCCCUCCACACUCUGCAACAAAACUGCAUUAUGGGUAGGUUUCUACCAGGUUACUAAGCUGCAGAAAUGACGUUUCCUUCUCUGAAUAUUAAUACUUGUAAUCCCAUGUGAAGAAGCCUUCUUGGAAAUGUUUACAGUGUGCAAUCAGGCCAGGACUGAAUGAAAUGCUCAACUUUUUGUUUGUUUUUGACUCAUUAUUUAAUUUCAUCAUGAGAACAAAAAGCCCAUCUAUAACUAAGAGGUAGAAACACAGGCAGAGUUGGAAACGGUUCAGCGCCACAACAAUGAUCACGUUUUUUUCCGACUGUUGUAACAUCUUGAAGAGGAGUCUUGCAACCACUCGUCAUACACAAUACAAAGCAGGAGAAAACAGGGCCACCUCCUGGUCAUGCAGAAGAUUUAUGCUCUAAUAAAACAGAUGGGGGUUUUUUAACACCAAAAAAAAAAGUUUUCUGCUUCGUAUUCUCUUUGUUGGGCCUUUUUUUUUUUCUGAUAAUCACCAAAUCCUUACUGCCGUUUCUUAGGAUCGCACCUGAAUGUAAUGAUUAUAAUCAACACCGUUUCAUAGAUGUAUUUAAAUAUCUAUUAAGCUCUUUAUUUUUUUCUCUCUUUUUCACCUGAAGGAAAAUAAGUCGAAAAAAGUUUCAAAUUAGGAAGAAAAAAAAACAUGCAAAGUGAAAAAGUAAACCAAGCAAAAACAAGGAAAUAAACAGGAUAAAGUCACUUUAAACUCCAUGUGUAGCUGACUGAACACAGAUCCAAGAACAUAAUAAUAA